UCUCUCUGUGUGAUGGCAUGCUCACGGACCUGCUCCCAAAUACUGGGGCUGAGCCUCGGGACUACAGCCCUGUUUGCUGCUGCGGCCAACACAGUGCUCCUCUUUCCUAACUGGGAUGUGACCUACCUGUUGAGGGGCCUCAUUGGCAGGCAUGCCAUGCUGGGCUCUGGGCUCUGGGGAGGAGGCCUCAUGGUUCUCACUGCAGCUACCCUCAUCUCCUUGACGGGCUGGAGAUAUGGCUGCUUCAGUAAGAGUGGGCCCUGCCGAAGUAUGCUUACUGCUCUGCUGUCAAGUGGCCUGGCUUUUCUUGGAGCCUUGAUUUGCUUUAUCACUUCUGGAGUAGCCCUGAAAGAUGGUCCUUUUUGCAUGUUCGAUGUUUCACCGUUCAAUCAGACACAGGCUUGGAAACAUGGUUACCCAUUCAAAGACCUGCGUAACAGGAAUUAUUUGUAUGACCAUUCACUCUGGAACUCUGUCUGCCUGGAGCCUUCUAAAGCUGUCAUUUGGCACGUGUGCUUCUUCUCCGCCCUUCUGUGCAUCAGCCUCCUCCAGAUUCUCCUGGUGGUCAUUCAUUUCAUCAACAGCUUCCUGGGCCUUUUCUGCAGCCUCUGUGAGAAGUAACAGAGGAAAAGGCCAUGUGAAGACACAGCCAGAAGGUAGCCAUCUGCAAGCCAAGGAGAGAGGCCUCAGUAGAAACCAACCUUGUUGGCACCUCGAUCGUGGAUUUCCAGCCUCCAGAAAAUAAAUUUCCAUUGUUUAAGCCA